CCGGGAACUUCAAAGCGGUCCGCGCUGUCCCAGCUACCUCGCUUAGCUCUGGGGCCUCGCAGCCCCGGCGCGGCCGCCUGGUGGCCAUGACCCUGGCACUUGGUUCUGCGCUCCGCCAGGCUCUCCUGCUGCUCGCUGCGGCCGCAGAGCUCUCGGCAGGAUUGAAGUGUGUGUGCCUUCUGUGUGACUCUUCAAACUUCACCUGCCAAACAGAAGGAGCAUGCUGGGCCUCUGUCAUGCUAACCAAUGGGAAAGAGCAGGUGAUCAAGUCCUGUGUUUCUCUCCCAGAAUUAAAUGCACAAGUCUUCUGUCAUAGUUCCAACAAUGUUACCAAAACCGAGUGCUGCUUCACAGAUUUUUGCAACAAUAUCACACUACACCUUCCAGCAGCCUCAACAAGUGCCCCCAGACUUGGGCCCAUGGAGCUGGCCAUUGUUGUUAUGGUGCCUGCUUGCCUGCUGUCCGUAGCUGUUAUGCUGACCCUAUGGGUGUGCCAGGGACGACAGUGCACCUACAGAAGAAAAAAGAGGCAGAAUGUAGAAGAACCCCUCUCUGAAUGCAAUCUGGUGAAUGCUGGAAAAACCCUUAAAGAUCUAAUUUAUGACGUGAGUGCCUCUGGAUCUGGCUCCGGUCUUCCUCUGUUGGUUCAAAGGACAAUUGCCAGGACGAUUGUACUACAAGAAAUUGUAGGGAAAGGUAGAUUUGGUGAGGUGUGGCAUGGAAGAUGGUGUGGGGAGGAUGUGGCUGUGAAAAUAUUCUCCUCCAGGGAUGAAAGAUCAUGGUUUCGUGAGGCAGAAAUUUAUCAGACUGUUAUGCUACGUCAUGAAAACAUCCUUGGUUUUAUCGCUGCUGACAACAAAGAUAAUGGGACUUGGACUCAACUUUGGCUUGUAUCUGAAUAUCAUGAACAAGGUUCCUUGUAUGACUAUCUGAAUAGAAACAUAGUGACAGUGGCUGGGAUGAUAAAACUGGCGCUUUCGAUAGCUAGUGGUCUGGCUCACCUCCACAUGGAGAUACUUGGUACCCAAGGUAAACCUGCUAUUGCUCAUCGAGAUAUAAAAUCAAAGAAUAUCUUAGUGAAAAAAUGUGACACUUGUGCCAUAGCCGACUUGGGAUUGGCGGUGAAGCACGAUUCAAUACUGAACACCAUAGACAUACCUCAAAAUCCCAAGGUGGGAACCAAGAGGUAUAUGGCUCCUGAAAUGCUUGAUGAUACAAUGAAUGUGAAUAUCUUUGAAUCCUUCAAAAGAGCCGACAUCUAUUCUGUUGGUCUAGUUUACUGGGAAAUAGCCCGAAGGUGUUCAGUCGGAGGAAUGGUGGAGGAGUACCAGUUGCCUUAUUAUGACAUGGUGCCUUCGGAUCCCUCAAUGGAGGAAAUGAGGAAGGUCGUUUGUGAUCAGAAGUUCCGACCAAGUAUCCCAAACCAGUGGCAAAGCUGCGAAGCACUCCGAGUCAUGGGGAGAAUAAUGCGUGAGUGUUGGUAUGCCAACGGGGCAGCCCGCCUCACUGCCCUGCGGAUUAAGAAGACUAUCUCUCAACUUUGUGUGAAAGAAGACUGCAAAGCCUAAUGUGAUAAUUUUGUAGAAAAAAAAAAUCUCUCACAGCUUUCUUUUUGAUUUUCCCUCCUUAUGUGAAAUUUUUUUUCCCUUUUUUGUUCUACCUCAAAAGUUAUACAGUACAGUAUUUAAGUGCCCAAAGGCAUGAAAAGAUAGGCUAAAAAGUUAAGCUUGGACAGGAGUU